AAAACUUGACACAUCGAGGUUAUGUUUACGUCACUUUUUUGAAAAGAGGUUAUGUUGCAAGCCAUAAGGAAAUUAAUUCCUUUUUACGCCCCCUCGCCCGAAUUGCCGUCUCUACCGAUAAAAAUGAGCGAGGUGAAGAUUGUCCGGAAGCCCCGUUACGACGGUCGUGUCAAAAAACGGCAAUGGGAGGAACGAAGAAGUGACAAGGGUGAAGGUUUAAACUUCCACAAGUCGAAAAUAAUUAAAAAAGAAACGGAAGUAACGGGAGAAUUGAUCGAAAAAAUCAAACGUCGCAAAUUCGCCGUGUUGCUGGGCUAUUCGGGGACGAAUUACUACGGAAUGCAACGAAACCCCAACACUCCAACAAUCGAAGAGGAGUUUUUCAAAGCGCUUUAUAAAAAUAAUUACAUCAGUGAGGAAAAUUUCACACAAGUGCAGACCAUGCAGUUUCAAAGGGCCGCAAGGACUGAUAAAGGCGUGUCAGCGGCGCGUCAAGUUGUUUCGUUAAAGUUACGCGAAGACAUCGAUAUUUCCAAAAUUAAUGAACAACUGCCCGAAGUGAUUCGAGUUUUUGGCAUUAGAAGGGUCACAAAAGGGUUCAAUAGUAAAGUUCAGUGCGACAGUAGGUCCUACACUUACUUGCUCCCCACUGUGUCAUUUACCCCUCAUGACCAACUAAUGGUGCAAAAAGGGUUCAGACUUGAUGACUCCACCUUAAAUCGGAUUAAUGAUCUUUUACAAAAAUACCUGGGCACGAAAAACUUCCACAAUUUUACGUCCAAAAAACAAGCCACUGAUCCGAGCGCUAAACGGUACAUGAAGACCCUAAUUUGUGAGAAACCCUUCGUUAAAGACGACGUUGAAUUCGCGCUCAUAAAAAUAAGGGGGCAAAGUUUUAUGUUGCACCAAAUCCGCAAAAUGGUGGGGUUGCUCAUUGCGGUGGUUAAGGGGUACACAUCUGAAGACACUUUAGACUUGGCGUUUGGGAUGGACAAGGUUAAUAUACCUAAAGCCCCCGGUUUGGGGUUACUUUUGGACUACGUCCAUUACGAACGGUAUGAUAACAGAUACGGUGCGGAUGGGGUCCACGAAAAAUUGGUUUGGGACGAUGUUGAGAAGGAAGUCGAGGAGUUUAGGGAAAAAUAUAUUUUCCCAACUAUUAUUAAUACGGAAGUUAAGGACGAGGCAAUGGUGGCAUGGAUUAUAAGGAGGUUAUCGACGCAUAAAUAUGAUGAUAUUGACGAUGAGGAUGACAAGAGUGAUAGUGAACAAACUGUUAAUUCCGAUAAUAGAUGAUAAUUUUUGUAUUUAUUUUUUAUCACUUGUAUGACAUUAGUUAAAGAAACAAUAAAUAAUUCUAAAACAUG